CUGAUUGCAAAAUUUUCAUAAUACGAGAAAAAAAGACUAAAAAUUUUUUAAAAAAAAGGUAUUUAACUGGGAUAUAGGCUGUAAUAUAAACUAUCCGGUUCUUCCUGGGAAGACUUCUAUUGUGGUUUUACAUUUACGUUCGUAUAAACGUUAUACGUAAACGGAAAUGAAAGAAAAGAUCAAAUUAGAAAGCAUCAUAUGGAGAUAAAAUUCUGUGAUAAGGGCGUUAUGGAAAGAAAGCAUUAAGAAACUGAGCGCAAUCAAUGGCGGAAGAGCACCGCAUCCGACUGGUGACAUUAGGGGGUGGAGGCACGGGUAAAAGCUCCAUUGUGAAACGAUUUCUCUUCAACACCUUCUGCGACAAGCACCGGCCCACCGUAGAGGACCUGUACUGUAGGGAGUUCGACUUAGAGUCCAUGACCCUAAAAGUGGACAUCUUGGACACGGCUGGGGACUUUCAAUUCCCCGCAAUGAGGAGACUGUCCAUUGCGACCGCCCACGCCUUCCUCCUUGUCUACAGCAUAGAUAGCGUCGAGUCCUUCCGAAUUGUCAAAGAUUGCUUUCAGGAAAUACGUGAACAGAAAUCCGAUUUUCAGGAAGUCCCUAUCGUGGUUGUCGGCAACAAAUUCGACCUGGCCGAGGAACGUCGGGCCGUUCCUAAGGAAGACGCAGCUGAAUGGCUGUUCUGUGAACUUCCCCGACUUCGCGCCAAGAUCCUAGAGUGUUCUGCCAAGGAUAACACCAACAUCAAGGAUAUAUUCCGAGCUUUUCUCCAACUGUCCAAGCUUCCCUUGCCAGCCGAAGGUCUCAGACGCCGAUCCAGUGCUCACGCUGGGGCAGGAUCCACAGCCAACGGGUCCUCCAACCGCCUGCAGUGUCCUCCAGAGGCCUCGGCGGAGGGACAGGCCAGCCCCCAACGUACCUUUAAACCCAGAAGCCGCAGCUUGAUACGCAGGACGAGUAAGAAGGUUCAGAAAAUGAAAGACGCAGCUACAGCUCAUGGGACGACGGCAAACAUCGACGAUUGUUGCAUAUCUUGACUUUCUGACCAAGAGUUCGGGAGGUCGUUAUGGGCACAAAUACCGCUGGGGAGGUAGAGCUUUAUCGUCUUUUUUUUUUUUUUUGUAUUCUCUGUUAUAUCGAAUGGAAUGAAUGCUGCCAGUUGACGAUUUACUCAACAUUUUCCAGUUAUUAUUUUAUAACUGUAGUGUAUUAUCAUUACUCUUGACCUUUAUUCCUCGAUAGAUGUCUUUAAUGAUGUUCGCGUUGAUUGUGUGAUCCGACAGUAAUCAUCCAGGCAGAAAUAUCGAUCGGUUUUUCUAUUUUAGAAAUACUACUCAGGUUUGAUGUAGGCUACGGCAUUUUUUAAAAAAUGAAUAAACCUGAGACUAAGAAAUUCAAUGUUUUCCAUUCAUCAAUUCAGUACUUUGGUUACAAUAACCCAUGCAUUCUUUUUGAAACUCAUAUUAUUUUGAAGCAAUUCCGCAAACUUUCAAUAAAAUAUUAUUAAAAUGCUUACAAAUGUGUAAAUAAUUGAAAUUAUUGAAACAUGUGGAAAAUCAGAUGAGCUGCUGCUUAUUCACUCCAUACAAUGUCCUGGAAGCUAAAAAUAAAUGAAAUAUUUUCAUCGUGUCAAAGAAAUGAUGAUGUUUUAUUGUUUGUUUUUGCUCGUAUCUAACUUUCGUAAUUUUGGACUUAUAGCAAAAUGCCUUUUUUUUUUUUUGUGAAAAGGGGAAAUAAAUUAUGCUCUGUGCACUUGUUUAUAGAAAUCUCUCAAAUGAAAUUUAUUAUUAUUGUAAAUGAUUAACGAAGGAAAAAAAUUAUUUGCUUCCAAUAAUUGUCAAUGUUCUCGAAAUGCAUGAGUAUCUAUCUUACAAUAUCUCAUUACAUUCAUCAAGAAAAUGAUCAUCUGUCAUUGAUUUAUGUCCUCGAUGUCUGUUCUGCCUGGAAGUUUCACUGUUGUUGUGGUUUUAAUUUUGCUUCGUUAUUUGCAUGGAGUAGUGAUAUCUAUAUAUUACAAACUGAGUACAAUGAGGAAUCAUCAUUUUGUUGAAUAUUUUAUUGCAUGUUUUCUGCUGAAGCUCUAGAUAUGUAUUGAUCACAUUUCUGUAACUAGUGUGUAGGUUUUUAUAUAUUGAAAUAACUCGAUGUAACUGCUCUAUGUGUGUGUGUGACUAAAGAAAGUAGUUUUUUCUAAAAGGUUAUAAAUUUGAUCCCCUAAAUUCUAUAACUGUAAUUGAAAUAAUAGUAUUUAAUUGCAGGUGAAACAUUUUGCGGUGAAUAUAACAUUCUAUCAAUUAAUUAGGAUCAUAUUCUUUGAAAAAUUAGUCCCUUUCAAUACCUUUGUUACGAAAUAUAUCCAUCCUAUAAAAUCAUCAUACCUUAAUCGUUUGGACGAAGUAUAACGUUUAUAUCUCAAUAAAUGCGACAUUUGUUUUAAUUCUUGCUGCUUCAUUUGAUAAUUGACAGAAUUAUUGUCAAACACACUUAGUCGAAUAACGUUUCAUAUCAAUAAAGUACUAAAACCCAUAUUUACUUAGAAAAGUUCAAUCUUUAAUCUCAUCGCUUUAUAAAUUCGAGCGAUGCCUUUUAAACCAAUGCAAUCAACGAUUUCCUAGCAUCAUAUCUCUCUCUAAAGUGUUCGGAAUUUUGGACACUAAGCAAUCAGGAAAGACAAUUCUGGAUUUAAUAAACAUGUUUACAGUCAUUAAAUAAAUGACUUUUAUUGGGUCGGAAAAUUUUCUCUUUAUAAGCUUUUGUGCAUAUGUAUAUAAAGUUGUAAUAAAAGAAAUAACAUAAACAAAUUUGGAACAAUGGAAAAAAUACUUAAAAUAGAAAUAUAGAUAUACAAUUACAAAUAUUUAAAAUAUAAAUUCCUUUUAGGGUAAAAAAAAAAUAUAUUGAAAAAGUAACAUACGUGGCGUUAGGAACGACUUCGGUAUCGAAGACGACUUAGAUGCAAUGAAAACAAUGAAAAUGUUACUUAAAUGUUAUUGAUGAAACCUCUAAAAAAAUUCUAAAAUAAUUUAAGUGAAAAUUAUUAUAAAAUUAAAUUUCAGACGUUGAAUGAAUCUUGAAAUUUUCAUGGCUGUUUGUAAUAAAUCCAGUUAUGAAAAGAGAAUGUAAACAGAUGUAGAGCGGCUCAUGAUGGAGAGAAAUAAGCAUAUUUUAGUUUUAAUAAAUACUACUAAGCUAAGAACUUAUAUUCAUUGCAAAAACUAUUUCUAAUUUUUCAGUCAAUAAUGUAUAUCAAAAUCCUAUAAUUAAAUCAAUAGCAUAAACUAUUCGUAUUUUUAUAAAUAAGAAUCUAACGAUGGUAAAAACGAACUUCGUAAUUCUCACACUUUUUCGAUUUGUACAGAAAAUGAGAAAGAGAAUAGACAUAGAUGAAAUCGUAAAAACUUUUUAAAGAGUUUUCUGAUGCAUCUGUUAUCUUUCAUUGGUUUAAAGACGUUCAAAUAGGCCGGCUCUACAAUGUUUGAUGCUUAAAAUGAGUAAAGCAAUUUCUCAUAUGCACAAAAUAAAACAUGCCCUUAGCUUUGAGGGAAAUAAAACCUUUAAAUUAUCUCCCCAUUAAUAUUCCAUCCCAUUUUAAUGUUUUAUUUUUUUGGCAUGGAUAGUUGAAAAAUUUAAUGAAGAUAGUCCUUUUAUUAUUCGAUAAUGUGCACUGAAAUCUGUGAAAUUCAUUCGAUGGGGUUGACUGCACUUAAAAUUUUAAGAAUAGUAGAAACAUCUAAAUUUGUUUUACUUAUUUUUCCAAAUAUUCAGACCAUAAUCAAUUAAAAAUUCACUAUAUAUUGGAGACAUUAAAUCCUUUCCAAUAAACUGUUCCAAAGAUGUAAAUAAAUUUUUGCCAUAACUUUUCUUACUUCGUUGAUAUUAGGAAAAAAACAAAAUUAGAAUUUCAAUCGUACUUGCUCAUAGCACAUAUCUUAGAAGUAAGAUUGGUGUAGAACAAAUAUUGUUGAUCAUAAAGAUACUCACUUUGAGUCUUCAGGAGUGAAGAUAGUUUUUUUCAUACAAUGAAUUUAUAAGUAAUGUAAACUGAACUUUAAAAAAAAAAAUAUGAGGACCAUCCAUGUGAGCUUUACGAAUGCCUUUGGGAUUUGUACUUUCUAAACGCUCUUUUUUAAUUUUCAGGGACAACAUUUAUUAGAGCGAGGAUUAAACACCGUGUAUUUCCCAGGACAUGUCGAUAUGCAGUGGAGUCGGAACUAUUUAUCAUUAACCAUACCAUUAAUGGUUUACAUGAUCUAUAUAUUUAUCACAUAUUUUAUUUGUCGUGGUAUCAUAUUUAUUGUGAUACCACGUAUGUACGAAUUGUGUAUGAGAAGACAAUAUUUUUUUUAUAGUUUUACACCAGAAUUAUUUUCUUUUAAUGGUAUAAAUGCAUCGAUUACUCGUAGUUGCACAUAUCUUUCUUUAACGUUUGUACAUCUUCAUUGCAGCUUCUUUUAAACAUCAAGUAAUAUGUUAUGAAACCUAUCACUAUUUCAUCAUGGGCAAAAUCUAUAUUUUACAGAAUAUAAGUAAGACACAAGUAUGAAAAAUCUUUUUGGAUUGAAAUAACUUGAAGAGUGUAAAGGUUAAAUGAUAAUGAAACAGUCGAGAAGUCUCGGGUCAUUUUUUAUCGUGUAAUGUCGCUGGUCGAGAGUGGAUGUUUAACUACCGAAUAUCGCCAAAAAAACAGAAAAUAGUAUCUUAUUUAAAGUUUGGAAUACAAAAUAAUAAAUCUUAAGUGAAAAAUGUGGCGAAAAAGAAUGCAUGACUCAUUUGUUUAAAUGUAUUGGUACCUGUUAAAAUUAACCCAGCUGUUGUAAUUGAAACUUUAAAACGAAAAAAAAUCUAUUUUUUGGAAUGUGAAUGAAUACCUAUUAUGGCGGAAGUUUUUAGACCCAUUGGAGGAUUUAGGCAAAGUUUUUAGAUCACAUUACGCUGAAAGAGGAAAGUAAAUCACUUUCCAUUUUAAACAAUUUUUAUUCGUUGCAUACCAAAAAAUUAUGAAUUACAUUAAGGUAAAUUCAUAAGAUAAAAUUACGAAUUAAACGUGACCUGUUUAUUUUCCUGAACUGUUGCUGGAGGACAGUAAUAUCUAGCCUUUAUGGAUGGCAUCGAAAAAAGUAACAUGGAUCUUGCAUGGAAUUUUGAUGUUCUUGUUGAAUGGUUGCAUUAAUGGAAAUUCUCGAAUUUUAGUGGAAUUAAUGACUUCUCGAAUUUGCAUCAUGCAUGACAACUGUUUGUACUCAUUUAAUAAAGCCUGCAUUUAUUUGGCUAGGUCAGUCAAAAUGAUAUGCUAUCUAUGAUUGCCGGUCAGCCAUUGAGAGUGUUAUGGAAAACCUAUCCCCUAUUUGAAUGUCUUAAAAGCAUUCAUGAAACUUGUCAUGAGGAGCAUCUUGGAACUUUUUUGAGUGAAGCUUAACUUUCUUUUGCUAAUUUAACUGACAUGUGCGAAGAAAAUAUUAUAUUUUUGUCGUUCAUUGUGAGCAUAGCCUUUCCACUAUACAAUAAUUAUUUAUUUUCACUUUACUUGUUUUCUUUAAUUAAUCUUUGUUUAAUAUUUGCAGUGAUGCUUCAUUACUAUUCCAGCAGGUAUAAUAUUGCGAUUUUAUUUAACCAUUCUAAAAAUGAUGUAUUUUGAUUUUGCUUACUCCACAAAAAUUUCUGUAUCUUGAUUUUAGCUUACAGUUCAGGCCGGGAUAGCCUGGUUGGUAGAGCGUUGGAUUCGCGUCCCUUAGGUUGCGAGUUCGAAGCCCGCCGGCCGAAGAUUCCCCGCGUGCGUAUAAAUCUGUCGUGGUCACAAAGUCCACCAUGUCGAGAGUAAUACCACUGGGGGUACUGAAUCAGGGGUGAUCGUUCUCUGAUUCAGGUUUAAAUUACGAUCUGUGGAUGAGUGAAUGAAAUGCAUGAAUGAAGUCCACCCCGUAAAAAGGGUUGUGACGUGUGUGUAGCUAAGUCGUUCUCUUGGCCCUAGAUGACGCUACUAUAGAAACAAGAGACGCUCCCCCUCCGGCUUAAAAUCGCUGUCUUCGUAACAGCGGGCUUGUCCAGGGCUAGUGCCAUCAGAAACAACAACCACACAACUUGACUGUUCAAAAGACGCUGUAUCUUCAUUUCCUUAACAGUACAAAAGAGGCUGCAUCUUUCUAUAUAACUGUUCAAAAUAUGCUAUAUCUUGGUUUCAUUUGACCUUUCGUAUGAUGACGUAUUUUAUGUGUCAUAAAACUUGAUUAGUUCAAAUAUAAUUAAAGAGCAGAGUUAUUUGAUUUGAUUUGUAUAUCAUAACUACUUUUUGUA